AUGGAUUUGUAUCUGAUUGGAUAUUUGAUGUGUGUGUGGUUGUCCAGCUCACGGGUGCUUGGAGGCUAUCCCAUCUGGUGGUCCCUGGCCCUUGGGCAGCAGUACUCGUCCCUGGGCUCCCAACCCAUCCUGUGUGGCUCUAUCCCCGGCCUCGUGCCCAAGCAGCUGCGUUUCUGUCGCAACUACAUAGAGAUCAUGCCCAGCGUCGCAGAAGGAGUCAAGCUGGGGAUACAGGAGUGCCAGCACCAGUUUAGGGGCCGGCGAUGGAACUGCACCACCAUCAAGGACAACCUGGCCAUCUUCGGCCCUGUGCUAGAUAAAGCCACCAGAGAGUCGGCGUUUGUCCACGCCAUAGCUUCAGCGGGCGUGGCGUUUGCGGUGACGCGCUCCUGCGCUGAGGGCACGUCCACCAUGUGCGGUUGCGAUUCCCACCACAAGGGACCCCCCGGCGAGGGCUGGAAGUGGGGCGGCUGCAGCGAGGACGCAGAGUUCGGGGUGCUGGUGUCCAGGGAGUUCGCCGACGCCAGAGAGAAUCGUCCAGACGCUCGCUCGGCGAUGAACAGACACAACAACGAGGCGGGACGCACGACCAUCCUGGACCACAUGCACCUGCGCUGUAAAUGCCACGGCCUGUCGGGGAGCUGCGAGGUGAAGACGUGCUGGUGGGCGCAGCCAGACUUCCGCAUGCUGGGCGACUACCUGAAGGACAAGUACGACAGCGCCUCCGAGAUGGUGGUGGAGAAGCACCGCGAGUCCCGCGGCUGGGUGGAGACGCUGCGAGUCAAGUACAACUUCUUCAAGCACCCCACCGAGCGCGACCUGGUCUACUACGAGGGCUCGCCCAACUUCUGCGAGCCCAACCCGGAGACGGGCUCCUUUGGGACGCGCGACCGGGCCUGCAACGUGUCGUCGCACGGCAUCGAGGGCUGCGACCUGCUGUGCUGCGGCCGCGGCCACAACACCCGGACUGAGAAGCGCAAAGAGAAGUGCCACUGCAUCUUCCACUGGUGCUGCUACGUCAGCUGUCAGGAGUGUGUGCGUGUCUACGACGUCCACACGUGCAAGUGA